UCAACAUGCCUUCCAUGAAAACUGACAGGGAGGGCAAAACUACAUACGCCGAAAUUUCUGCCAUGAAAUUUAACUUAAAGGAAGAAAGAUGUCUGAAAAAGAAUCUUCAGCUUUUAGGGGUAGAAGAGGACUACUCUUUGACCUUGGUUAACCUCGAUAACAGAGGAGUCAAAUUGUAUCAGAAAAAACUCAAGGAUAAAGUCUCCAAAAUUAAAAGUAACCUGACUCCAACUGAAAUCACAGAAUUUCAAAAGUUAGAUGAAGCGGGGAAAUUAAAAGGGAUUUACCCAUCCGUGACGCCUAAUCUUCAAGGGCGGAUCACUGCAGAAGCCAAAAGGUUAAACCUUGAUCUACCCAUGAGGCCAAGGACGGCAAUUCCUCUUAGACGAUCUUAUUCUACAAACACACCGCGACAACCCCCUAGACCGUCGUCAGAAAAAAGACAACUUCCACGAAGGGAGUCACUGAAAAACGGGUUGUCUGAAACUUCCAAGUAUGAAAAAGAAGAAACAAAAGACUCAAUUAAAGGUGCUAUAGGAAAAUCAAGUGAAAGUUCUGUGCCUUCUAAGGUUCAAGUGAAUAAUUAUACAAUUUCCAAUCAAAAUGAGACUUCAAACAAUAGCGAGAGAAAAACAAAGCUCCCACCCAGAGGCGAUUAUCCUUCCCUUAGAAGUCCGCUCAAAAGACAUUCUUCGGAACGAAAAACAAUCAGUGCUUCUGCACAUGUUCGGAAGAGGUUUUUGGACGAUCACAGAUUAAGCAUUGUAAAGGAGGACAACAAUUUAAUACAAAACGAGGAGGUAAAUGGUGAGAAUGGUAAACCUAAUGGAAUACACGUGGAGGGAAACGAAAACGUUUCCAAUUCUUUACAAGAAGCAGUUGGAAAAAAUGAAGAAAAUGAAUGCAAGAUUAAAACAAUAGAACAAAAACGUCCUUUCACACGUCCAGAAUCUAGAAUGGACGUUGUGCGUGACAAUUUGAUUGACAGUACUACCCCAUCUAUUCUGAGUCUGGACAGUGGGUCUGCCUUAGAUCUGGACAUGGUGGAGCCCACUAAAGGAAAAAUGAAACUGAUGGCAACAAAGACUUUUACAGCAGAGGAGGUGAAGGAACUCAAUAAGCGAAGAUCACAAUCCGAUAUAUCCUCGCAGAGUUUUUACGAAUGUAGUUCUUCAAGAACGACGAAACAUAUAGAUGUUUCUCGGUCUUCAACACCAACCAUUCAGAUUUUAGAGAAUAGCCAAAUCACGCCGCGUAAACACGUCAGACCCACGGCUUCAUUCUCAUCAUAUCCCGAGAAAGAAAAAUUUAAGAACACCACCCCCAGAUCACAAACAGCUAACGUAUCAAGAACCAGGACUAUGCCCUUAAAUUCUCCAAAACCAACCAUACAAAGAUCUAAAUCUUCAUUGAGUGGUUGUAUUAAUCCUACAAAGGCGAUGUUUUCAUCGCAUGCCCCCAAAGAUGGAACAAGAUCACGUCGCCUUCCCGGAGGCCGCACAACAUUCCUAUCCAAUGAAAUUGGUGACGACUUGGGGAAUAAUCUACAGGCCGAAAUACGACAUGAUCUGCUGGUGAAAGAACACGAAGUGCGAAGCAUUAUGGACAAAAAAGUGUCUAAUUACCUUAAUCGACUUGGAAAGUUUUUAGACAAAAAAUAA